UCUAGGUCUGGAUGUUGGACUUCUGAAUGAAAUGGGAUGAUCCUCAGUGCUGGAGCAUGCUGCUCAUCUGUGUCCUCUGACCUUUUCACCCCUGAAGUCUGGACAGAGUCCCCUGUGAGGACAGUGUCUGCUUCUGACCUGUCGGACCAUCAGAAAAAGCAUGGACGUGGACCUGGAGGGGAUUAUCCAGUGUAUCAAGCAGGGGGAUGAGAGCGGUGUUCAGACACGGCUGGAGGAAUUCAACAAAGAGUAUGCCCAGUGCUUCUUCUUUGAUUCAGAGGAGAGGGACAAGAGAAAACAAAAAAAACUAGAAGAGUUCAGGCAGAAUAAAGUGAGGGAUUACGCUGAUUCUGACUCUGAAGAGUAUGACCAGGAGGAUCCAGGCCUCAUCCUCAGACAGAACUUAGCUCUUGUCCUGGUGAGGUACAUUAGAGCAGAAGUGAAAUGUCCUCUGUUGAGAGUCUCUCUACGCACCCUGAGGAUCCUCUCCAGAGACAAAAAGGUCCUGGGCCCCUUGGUGACCGACAGCGCUCUCCUGGCGCUCGCAAAACUAGCCGGGCUGACCCAAAGUGAUGCAAGUGACGACACCAGCGACUCUGAUUUCUACGACAACAUCCUGGCUUCUCUCGCUGAAGCCAAAGUGUUGCCCUGUGGCACCGAAGAGGACGAGGGUGACAUUGAAGCUAAUGACCAAGACGAAGAUUUCUCUGAGGAGGAAACCAUCAGCACCACAGAGGGCAUCCAUCCUAAUGUGCUGGAGAGAGGGAAGAAGGACCGCAGAGUGAGCAAGAUUGGCGGGGAGGAAGAGGAGGAGGGAGGCGAGUCAGGAGAGGAGGCUCAGAGGAAAGAGGCCAUGAAGGUGUUGUGUAACGUGGUGUACAACAGCAGCUGGGCGCAGGAGAGGUUCAGUGCUCUCAGGCUCAUUUGUGGCCUCACAGAGCGUCUUUCCUCCGCUGUCAGUUUCUCGUCUCCCUCCAGUGUUCACUUCUAUGAACUACGCCUCAUGUUCCUCAUGACUGCUCUGAGGCGGGAGCUCAGCACUCAGCUCCAAAAGGAGGGAGGUGUGUCCAUCUUCACAGCCGCUCUGGAGAGCUGCCUGCAGGUCCAGUGGAAGGAGCAGUAUGAGUGUGUGCUGGACCCCGCAGCACCACCCAUCUCUCUGGAGGCCUCUCAGCGAAUCAUAGAGAUCCUCAAAAUCCUCUUCAACAUCACCCACAGCGCCCACAGGCAGGAGCCGAGUGAGGAUGAUGCAGCUCUUUACCGUCAUCUGGUGGCGAUCCUGCGUCUCUGCCUGAUGAAGGAGUGUUUGCUUUCAGACGACACUGAUGAGCUGCAGGGCCACACGGUGAACCUGCUGUCCGCGCUGCCUCUCCAGUGUCUGGAUGUGAUGCUGACGGUGCCUCUGGAGCCAGACUCCAUGCAGUGCCAGGGGGUCAACAUGGACUGUGUUCAGACCCUGCUGAUGUUCAUGGAGAAACGCCUGGAGCUGGGUAAUAAGCUGAAAGAGAAGGUGACCCCGGUCCUCAAUCUGCUGACAGAGUGCUGCAGAGCCCACAGAGAAACCCGCCAUUACAUCAGGAAACAUAUCCUUCCUCCUCUGAGGGACGCGUCACACAGGCCGGAGGAAGGCUCCACGGUGAAGAGUCGUCUGAUCCGCCUCAUGACCAACCUGGACACAGAUCUCAAACACUGCGCUGCUGACCUCAUCUUUGUCCUCUGCAAGGAAAAUGUGGGCCGCUUUGUGAAGUACACAGGUUAUGGUAACGCAGCGGGUCUCCUGGCCACCAGGGGUCUGCUGGGGGGCCAGAGCUCCAGGACCCUCAGCUCUUACGCCCAGUACUCCAGCGACUCGGACUCGGACACUGAGGAGUACCGGCAGGUCAAAGAUCGCAUCAACCCGGUGACAGGAAGGGUGGAGGAGGAGCAACCCGACCCCAUGGAGGGCAUGACGGAGGAGGAGAAGGAGGAGGAGGCCAAGAGGCUCUUCAUGCUUUUCAACAAGCUGUCCAGAGAAGACAUUAUCCAGCCGAUGGGAGUGGACUCAGAGGGGAAGCUGGUCCCCAUGUCUGGAAUGAGAGAUCUUUCCCUCCCGGAGGAGAGGAAGUCUGGCUCAGAGAAUGAUGGAGAAGCAGAGGAAGGAGAGUAAAACUAAAACUCACAUUUGUUUAAUUUAUAUAUUUAUUU